CGAAGCUGAAUUAGUAACAAAGUUGUCAAUUGACUUCUCCAUUCAUCUCAAUUCACUCGCAAAAUGGCUCACUUCAGGGCCAAGAGGCUGGACAUAGGCAGUUACGUCAAUAAAAUGGUCAUCCGUGAUCAUACGAAGCGCAAGGUGUUUGAAGAGUACGAAAUGGAUAGACAAGCGCUUCGUUACAUCGUUCGAAAUACAUCCCUCCCGGCUCGUAUGCGUGCACAAGCGCAGCUCGACCUUUCCCAGAUGCACCCGUACACAAGGUUAACACAAAUUAACAAUCGCUGCAUAUUUGGCGGCAGGGCACGAGGUGUCUUUAGAGACUUUAGAAUGAGCCGGUAUCAAUUCCGAAUGAACGCAUUGGAAGGCAAUCUACCAGGUGUUAAAAAGGCAAGCUGGUAAUCAAUAUGACCGAGUGUGUUUCAACUCGAGCGAUACUAGUAUUUGUGUGGGUCAAGCCUAUAGACUGCGUGUAUAAUAGUAUAUGUUUAGGUCGGUUGCCGUGGAUUACUCGGGCGCAGGGUUUAGAAAACUGUAUCUGGAGGGCAUGCCCUGAUUGCGGCCGAUCGUGCAACAGAUGAGCUCGCUUGAGAUAUGUACGAGAUACGACGGUCGAAGUAAGACCUUGAAACAAAAUUAAUAUAUCACCGCACUUCGGACGGUGCAGAAUACGUCGAUUUCUCUGUAGAUGCCAGAGCGG